UAUCACUCCGCUUCGUCCGAGGAAAUGCUCGUCGACCAAUCACAGUUGUGUUUACACCAUCACCUGUCAAACGCUCAACAUCCUCUGCUACGGUUUCUCUCUGUAAGGAGCUUAAAACGAGACUGGCACUGAAGCGCCGCCGGUAGCCGCAACCUGGACGGACUUGCUGGCAAUUGACCUGUGCAGUGGAAUAGCGGAAGAAGUCUUGAACCAUGAGCUCAGUGGCACUGUUGACCCCCGAGAGCUUUGCAGAGCACCGCAGCGGCCUGAGGGAGCGGGAGAUCACAGGCUGCGUCCCGGAGGAUGAGGCAUACAUCCCCACCUACCUGGAGGCCUUCCCUCCGCUGCCGGAGAAGGGCGCGCCAGGGGAGAAGGCGGGGGAGGCGGCUCCUGCGUGGGGGAGCAAGAUCAGACCCAUCAAAGCUUCCGUCAUUACUCAGGUUUUCCACGUGCCCGUGGAGGAACGGCGCUACAAGGACAACAGCCAAUUUGGGGAGGGUGAAGAAGCGAAAGUGUGCUUGGACAUCAUGCAGCGGACCGAAGCUCACAUUGAGCUGUCGCUAGCUAAGGACCAGGGCUUGUCCAUCAUGGUCACGGGCAAACUGGACUCUGUCAUGAAGGCCCGCAAGGAGAUUGUGGCAAGACUACAGACUCAGGCUUGGGCCGCGCUGGUCAUCCCCAAAGAGCACCAUCGCUUUGUCAUCGGCAAGAACGGCGAAAAGCUGCAAGAACUCGAGCUGAAGACGGCGACCAAGAUCGUUAUUCCGCGCCCGGACGACACCAGUACCAACAUCCGUAUCACCGGUACCAAGGAGGGCAUUGAAAAGGCGCGCCAUGAGAUAUUGCUGAUCUCUGCCGAGCAGGACAAGCGUGCUGUAGAGCGUCUCCCCCUGGAGAAGGCCUUCCACCCCUUCAUCGCGGGCCCGCACAGCCGGCUGGCGCAGGAGCUAAGUCAGGAAACUGGCGCUCGCAUCAGCGUCCCCCCGCCCAGCCUGACCAAGGACGAGAUCGUCAUCACUGGCGAGAAGGAGGCGGUCGCCCUGGCGCUGAGCCGCAUUCGCGCCAUCUACGAUGACAUGAAGAGGAAGACCACCACCAUCUCGGUGGAGGUAAAGAAGUCUCAGCACAAGUACAUCAUCGGGCCCAAGGGCAACACCUUGCAGGAGAUCCUGGAGGCCACGGGAGUCUCGGUGGAAAUGCCCCCUCUGGACUCCAGCUCGGAGACCAUCGUCCUGCGGGGGGAGCCUGACAAGCUGGGACCGGCGCUCACGCAAGUCUACUCCAAGGCGAAGAGCAUGACGGUGGUGGAUGUGACGGCGCCGGCCUGGCUGCAUCGCUUCAUUAUAGGCAAGAAAGGACAAAACAUCGGGCGGAUAACACAGCAGCUGCCUCGGGUUCACAUCGAGUUCACCGACGGCGAGGAGCAAAUCAGCCUGGAGGGGCCGACGGAGGAGGUGGAGCAGGCUCAGGUCCAGUUAAAAGAAAUCAUUACUGAUCUGCUUGUGCGGAUGGAUUACACCGAGGUCUUCAUCAACCAGCGUUUCCACAGACAUCUCAUCGGCAAGAACGGCGCCAAUAUCAACCGAAUUAAGGAGCAGUACAAGGUGUCGGUGAGAAUCCCGCAGGACUCAGACGGAAGCAGCCUGAUUCGGAUCGAGGGAGACCCCAAGGGCGUCCAGCUGGCUCGCCGGGAACUCAUCGAGAUGGUCCAAAGAAUGGAGAACGAGCGGACCAAAGAUCUGGUGGUGGAGCACAAGUUCCAUCGAACCAUCAUCGGCCAGAAGGGAGAGAAGAUAAAAGAAGUCCGAGACAAGUUCCCCGAGGUCAUCAUCAACUUCCCCGACCCGGCGCAGAAGAGUAACCUUGUUCAGAUGAGAGGUCCCAAGAGCGAGUUGGAGAAGUGCGCCAAGUUCCUCCAGAAAAUGAUCGCCGAUCUGAUGGAGAACAGCUUCUCGCUCUCGGUUCCCAUCUUCAAGCAGUUUCACAAAAACAUCAUCGGCAAAGGUGGCGCCAACAUCAAAAAGAUCCGCGAGGAGACCAACACCAAGAUCGACCUGCCCACCGAGAACAGCAACUCGGAGACCAUCGUCAUCACGGGAAAGAAGGCCAACUGUGAGGCGGCUCGAGAACGAAUCCUCGCCAUCCAGAGAGAAAUGGCCAACAUUAAAGAGACGGAGGUCAUCAUCCCGGCCAAGCUCCACAACUCGCUCAUCGGCGCCAAGGGCUGCCUGGUUCGCGCCAUCAUGGAGGAAUGCGGCGGCGCCGUCCAUAUCCACUUUCCCUCCGAAGGCUCCGCCUCCGACCGGGUCACCAUCAGGGGGCCGGCCGGCGAGGUGGAGAAAGCCCGGCGGCAACUACUGCACCUGGCCGAGGAGAAGCAAGUCAGCAACUUCACAGCCGAGCUGCAGGCCAAGCCUGAGCACCACAAGUUCCUGAUGGGCCGCGGCGGCGCCAAUGUUCGGCGCGUUCGCGACAGGACGGGCGUCCGCAUCAUCUUCCCGUCGGCUGACGACGGCCAGCAGGAGCUGAUCACCAUCGUGGGCAAAGAGGAAGCCGUUCAGCAGGCGCGCGAGGAACUGGAAAACCUGCUCAAAAACCUGGACGACGUGUCGGAGGACAGCAUGGAUGUGGACGUUCGCCACCACCGACAUUUUGUGUGCCGAAGAGGCCAGGUGCUACGCCAGUUGGCCGAGGAAUACGGCGGCGUGGUCGUGAGCUUCCCCCGCACGGGGGCCAACAGCCGGCGGGUUUCCCUCAUAGGAGCCAAGGACUGCGUGGAAGCCGCCAAGAAACGAAUACGGGAGAUCAUCCAGGACCUGGAGUCGCGGGUGAGCGUGGAGGUGGCGGUCCCUCAGCGCUACCACCGCGCCAUCAUGGGCCCCAAAGGCAGCCGGAUCCAGAACAUCUCCCGCGAGCACGAGGUCCACAUCAAGUUCCCCGAGAGAGACGACGCCUCCGCAGGUCAAGAGGUUUUGGAGAACGGACACGUGUGUCCAGAGGCGGAGCUUGUCCCCCGCAAGUGUGACGUGGUCACCAUAUCGGGGCGGGAGGAGAAGUGCGAGAUGGCCAAGGCUGCCCUGCUGGCCUUGGUGCCCAUCACGGAGGACGUGGAAGUUUGCAAUGAGCUUCAUCGCUACAUCAUCGGGCAGAAAGGCAACGGAAUCCGAAAAAUGAUGGAGGAAUACGAGGUGAACAUGUGGGUGCCGCAGCCGGAGAUGCAGCGGGACGUGAUCAAAGUGACGGGCCUGAUGGCUAACGUGCAGCGAGCCAAGCAGGGCUUGCUGGGCCGCGUCAAAGAGCUCCGGGCAGAGCAGGAGGACCGGUUACUGCGGAGCUUCAAGGUGACCAUAUCGGUGGAGCCCAAGUUUCAUCCCAAGAUCAUCGGCCGGAAAGGGGCGGUCAUUUCUCAAAUCCGAAAGGACCACAACGUCGUCAUCCAGUUCCCCGAAAAAGGAGAUGAACAGCAGGACCUGAUCGUGGUUUCGGGGUAUGAGGGGAACGUGGAGGAGGCGUGUCAGGCCAUCCAGCAGUUGGUGGCCGACUUGCAGAAGAUGGUGAACCGAGACGUGCGCCUGGACCGCCGGACGCACGCCCGCAUUAUCGGCGCCCGCGGCAAAGCCGUCCGCAAGCUCAUGGAGGAGUUCAAGGUUGACAUCCGGUUUCCUCCUCCCGGUUCGGACGAACCUGACAAAGUGACGGUCACGGGCCUUCCUGAGACGGUGGACAACGCCAUUGAGCAUCUGAUCAACCUGGAGGAAGAAUACAUGCUCAGCGUGACUGAAACUGAGACGUUGGCGGCGUACAUGAAGCCUCCGUCGCGCUACGGGGGAGGCGGGACCGGCGCGGGGGGGCCGGACGACGGCAGCAAGACUCCGACCAAAGGCUUUGUUGUGCGCGACGCACCCUGGAACGCCGGAGGGAACACGGCCCCAGACAUGAGCAGCGCGGAGGACUUCCCCACAUUUGGGACAAGCGUUGCCCCCAAGCAGACGUCCGCCUGGGGCCCCAAGAAAUUCUGAGAUAAAACAGACAUCAAAUCCAGAUGCUGCUCAGUGCUCACCUUCCUUCCCUUCUUGAUUUUCUCCCCUAAUCAGCCAGUGUGCAUUCAGAGGAGAUGAG